CAACGCGAUGAACAUAACGUUAAUCCGAACUCACAAUUGAAGGAGGUCCCGCAUGCCUGAUAAGGAUAAAAAACAGGGACGAACAUCUCGCGCCGGAACUUUUUGAAAGGCGUAGGUACAGGUACCGUUGCUGCAACUGUCGCGCCGAGCGUCUUGAUCGGCAGUGAGAAAGCCGCCGAUGCCCAAAUGGGCGACGCUAUCGCUAAUGCGACAAUCCAACUCAAUAUCAACGGUAAAUCGUAUCAGGUCGAGGUUGAAGCGCGAACAACGCUUUUAACCGUUUUGCGUGAUGGAAUUGAUACAAGCGGGAAGCAACAUCGACUUAACCGGUGCCAAACUAAUUUGCGAUCGUGGUGAAUGUGGUGGCUGUACCGUCAUGGUAGACGGAAAGACGAUCUACGCUUGCAUGAUGCUCGCAAUUGAUGCACAGGACAAGCAGAUAACAACCGUUGAGGGAUUAGCAGACGGCGACGAUUUGCACCCUGUUCAGGAAGCAUUCAUCCAACACGACGCGAUGAUGUGCGGAUUCUGCACACCCGGUUUCAUCGUCUCAUCCGCAGCUCUGUUGAACGAAAACUCGAAACCGACGCUCGAAGAAAUUAAAGGCGGGCUGUCUGGCAACACGUGUCGCUGCGGAACCUAUCCAUUCAUCUUUGAUGCUAUCGAAACCGCAUCACGGAAGAUGUGA